AUGGAGAAGAAACCGUGGAAGAGGCUAUUAUGGUUGAAGCAGGAUUAUCCUGACAAUUAUACAGAUCCCAAUUUUAUCAAGAAAGCCGAAACAUUCCAUAAGAGACUUAACUUUUUGAAUUCCCCUUACAAACAUGAAUCAAAUUAUUUCAAGGUACGAUAUGAAUUCUUCCAAUUUUAUCAAAGCAUUUUGAAUGUGUCAUCCAUUUUCCUUAUAUUUGCAUAUAUUUAUUAUUACAAACAAGAUCCAUUGCCUUUAACAAUCGUCGUUACUGUAGUUGUUUCUUGCCUAUUAAUGUCUAAAAAACAUGACAAUCCACUAUUCGUACGCCUUUUAAAUUUAAAAUCUGUUAUUAUUAUCACUUUUGCAAUGUUAACUUUAACACCUGUUCUAAAAUCACUUUCUAAAACGACUGCUUCCGAUUCGAUUUGGACCUUGUCUUUUUGGUUGACAUUAAUGUAUAUUAGCGCUUUAUCUAAUACUAAGGAUAAGAAGUCGUCAAAUGUAUCAACUAAUUUACUACUAGCUGUAGUCACUGCCUUGGCAUCAAGAUUAUCAUCUACUACCGAAGUUUUCUGUUUUUUAUACAUAUGCAUUCAAGUCAAUGUACUUCUACCAAAUUUAAUAGUUCCAUCAUACCUAUUGGCACUUAUUUCAAAUAUUAUUGUUUAUGCUGUGAUUACACAAAUAUUAGGAUGGCACUACACAAUUCUCAUACUCUCCACAUUCCUAUUAUAUAUCAUAGUGUUGCCUCAUUGGUUCAUCUAUUGGCAAAUAAAUUAUAGAAUGCUAGAAGAUGGUGACGGAAGAGAUGAAAAAGAUUGUUUAAUAACAAGUUGGGAUGCUAAAAGACCGGUACUGAAUUGUUAA